UCUGUCUAAUCUAAAAAGCAGUAAAAAAAAAAAAACAUCAAAAUCCACUGAAAAGCUACAAACUGCAGCACAGCAAGAACACCCACGCAAACCUCCAUUUUAGAGGAUUCAAGAAUCAACCCCCAGAUGGAAUUUGAAGAACCAACAUGCUAAUUUAUAUCCAUCAAUGACCAUUACCAUGUCAUUGCUAUGUCCAUAUUGUGUUCUCAUCUCUUUUUCCCUUUUAUUAGUCUCCUGUCUCUCCUUGCCUCCUAAAUCUGCAAUUUAUCUUCUGCAGUUCCGUGACAGUCUUCCUCUACAUUCUCAACACCUCUUGCCAUGGAAUCAUUCAACUUCUUCUUCUUCUCCUUGUCAGUGGCCGGGAGUUUCAUGCUAUUCCACCAAAAGCUUUCAAGUCAAGGCCUUGAAUCUUUCAGGGUUUGGUUUAUCUGGAAUCUUGAACAAUUCCAUUUCCCAUCUCUGCCUCCAUAAGCAUUUGGUCUCUCUUGACCUCAGUGGCAACAAUUUCACUGGUUUUGUUCCUAAGCAACUUGGAAAUUGUGGCCAACUUAAUACUAUUCUUCUAAAUGACAAUGGGUUUGAAGGUGCAAUGCCUCCUCAGCUUUUUCAAUCAAAGCAGCUUUUAAAGUUGGACCUGGGUUAUAAUUUCCUCUCUGGUAAUAUUCCUCCUGAGGUAAGCUUUUGUACCAAUCUUGAAUAUUUAGGGUUUUAUAACAAUUAUUUGAGUGGUGAGGUUCCAAAUGAGGUAUUUACUUUACCAAAUCUCAAGUUUCUGUAUCUGAACACAAAUAACUUAACUGGGUCAUUACCAGAUUUAUCACCUUAUUGCGCAAUUUCAGAUUUUUGGAUUCAUGAGAAUGCCUUUUUUGGAUCUUUGCCUAGUUCUAUUAGUAAUUGCCAAAACCUUACUACAUUUAUAGCAUCUCAAAACAAUUUUGAAGGGAUAAUUGGACCAGAGAUUUUCAAUGGCCUUUUGCAACUUCAGAUUCUUUAUCUUGAUCGAAACAAACUUGAAGGGGAAAUUCCUGAAACUAUGUGGGCUCUUGAAAAUUUACAAGAGCUUGUUCUUUCAGGAAACAAGCUCAAUGGUACCAUAUCUGAGAGGAUAGCUCAGUGCAAUAACCUAAUGGUUAUUGCUCUUUCUGGUAAUAAUCUAGUUGGUUCAAUUCCUAAAUCAAUUGGAAGACUCGAGUAUCUUAACAGUCUAAUUCUCUUUGAUAACAAGCUUGAUGGUUCUCUGCCUCCUGAGCUUGGAAAUUGCAGUUCACUUACUGAAAUUAGGAUUCAGAAUAACUUAAUUGGUGGGAGCAUUCCUCCUGAAAUUUGUAACCUUGAAAAUCUUGAGGUUCUUUUUAUGUUCAAUAAUCGUGUUGGAGGCCAUAUUCCUUGGCAGAUAGGGAAAAUGACUAACCUUGUCCAAUUAGCCUUGUAUAAUAACAAUUUGACUGGUAGAAUCCCUUCUGCAAUUACCCAUUUGAAGAAACUCAACUUUCUAUCAUUAGCUCAUAAUAACCUUGCUGGAGAGGUACCUUCUGAUCUUGGGAAAGAUUGUCCCAGUUUUGAAAAACUGGAUCUAACAGGGAACCAACUUUAUGGACCAAUUCCUUCUACUAUAUGUAAUGGCAAUAAUCUUUCAGUUUUGGCCAUUGGAGACAAUAGAUUCAAUGGGAGUUUUCCAACUUGGAUUGGAAAAUGUUUAUCCCUCAGGAGGGUUAUUCUUAGUAAUAAUCUUCUUGAAGGAAGUAUACCAGCUGAUUUGGAAAGGAACUAUGGUGUUUCAUUUCUAGAAGUCAACAGAAAUUUGCUUGAAGGGGAAAUACCAUUAGUACUUGGUUUCUGGAGUAACCUAUCAAUGAUUGAUUUUUCAGAAAAUAGGCUAUCUGGUUUUAUACCUCCUGAGCUUGGAAAGCUUGCAAAUCUUCAAAUCUUAAGAGUUUCUUCUAAUAAAUUAACAGGGAGAAUUCCGCCUGACUUAGGAAAUUGCAGAAAGUUAAUUAAGCUUGAUCUAAGUAAGAAUAAUCUCUUAGGGAAAAUUCCUCCGGAGAUCACUUCAUUGAUAAAGUUGCAAAGCCUUCUCCUUACAGAGAAUAACCUUACUGGAGCAAUUCCUGACUUUUUCUCUUCCCUUCAAAGUCUUUUCGAGUUGCAGCUUUCUAACAAUAUGCUUGAAGGUCCUAUUCCUUGUAGUUUGAGUAAGCUUAACCAUUUUAGUUCAGUUCUCAAUUUGAGCUAUAACAAGCUCUCUGGUAAAAUCCCAGGAUGCCUAAGCAAUCUAGACAAGUUACAGAUUCUUGAUAUUUCAAGUAAUAAUUUAUCUGGUGAGAUACCAACAGAACUGAAUAAUAUGAUCUCCCUUUACUUUGUAAACAUUUCAUUCAAUCAACUCUCCGGCAAACUCCCAUCUUCAUGGAUGAGAAUAAUGGUCUCAUAUCCGGGGUCUUUUGUUGGAAAUCCAGAACUUUGUCUGCUAGGUAAUGAUGCAAGAUACUGCGAAGUUAGAGAAGGCCAUACACGAAGACAUAUAUUGGCUGGUGUAGUUGUUGGGGUUGUUGUUUCUGUGUCAUUGCUUUGUGCUGUGAUAUACAUUCUAGUUGUUCAAGGCUUUCAACAGAAAUAUUACCGUGAUCAAUCACUUCUUCGUGAAUGCCAAUCGAUAACUGAAGAUUUACCAGAAGAUUUGAAGUUUGAAGAUAUAAUGCGCGCUACUGAAGGCUGGAGUGAUAAGUAUGUAAUUGGGAGAGGCAAGCAUGGGACAGUUUACCGAACAGAAUCUAUAAACUCUAGAAAGAAUUGGGCUGUCAAAAAGGUGAAUUUAUCUGAAAUGAACUUCUGCCUUGAAAUGAGAACCUUGAGCUUAGUUAGGCACCGGAAUGUAGUUAGAAUGGCAGGUUACUGUAUCAAAGAUGGAUAUGGACUCAUUGUGACCGAGUACAUGCCUGGUGGGACACUUUUUGAUGUGUUGCACCGACAAGAACCACGGUCAGUUUUGGAUUGGGACACUAGAUAUCGCAUUGCUUUUGGAAUUGCUCAAGCCCUUGCUUAUCUUCACCAUGACUGCGUGCCCCAAAUCAUUCAUAGAGAUGUCAAAUCAGAUAACAUUUUGAUAGAUUCUGAAAUGGAGCCAAAGAUUGGAGAUUUUGGGAUGGCAAAAUUGCUCCUUGGUUCUGAUUCUAGCUCAACAAGGUCUUUAAUCGUCGGAACAUUGGGUUACAUGGCACCAGAAAAUGCAUAUGCCAUUCGAUUGACAGAGAAAGUUGAUGUGUACAGCUACGGAGUAAUUUUGCUUGAGCUUCUCUGUAGAAAAUUGCCCGUAGACCCCAACUUUGAAGAAGGUGAGGAUAUUGUGUCCUGGACAAGGAAGAAGCUGGAAGAGAAUGAUAAGUACAUUUGCUUUCUGGAUCAGGAAAUCAGUUCCUGGGAAAGAGAUGAGCAACGAAAAGCUUUGAAACUGCUAGAACUGGGACUUGAAUGCACUGAACCGAUAGCUGAUGCUAGACCCUCUAUGAGAGAUGUUGUGGUUUCACUUAUCAAGUUGAACAAUUAACAUGAGAGAAGUGUAUAUAUAAGAAUUGCGACUCUUCCUUCGAUGAGAAGUUCAGUUGCCACCUAAUUACCCAUACACCAUAA